ACUUUCUUGAACUCAUCAAUAAGCGAUUAACCAACUGUGAUGUUCAGAAAACUGGCGGAGAAAGCAGCUGCUAUUGAUGCCUUCCCGAAAGUAGAGGAGGAUAAUGAGAAGCGUAGCGAAAAAGGUGGUCUUUUAACUGUGCUGGUCGGUUUAUGUUUAUUCUUCCUGACUAUGAGUGAAUUUUCAGAUUAUUACAAAGUACACACAGAAUAUACUUUUUUGGUUGAUUCGGCAAUUGACACGAAGAUGCAAGUUAACAUUGAUAUAACAGUGGCAACACCUUGUCCUUCUCUUUUGGUACACGUCGUUGAUGCGACAGGACAACGACAACGACUGACACAAGACUUGAAAUUGAUACCUGCAGAAUUUCAAGUUGGCACAGCAACAAAAUACAAACAAGUCGACGAUCCAAAAUAUAUCCAUGAAAUAAUCAAAGCAGCAAGUGGAAGGAAAUAUGAUCAUGAAGUAGCUAAGGAUAUGGGUGCUUGUCGAUUGUAUGGCUCUUUGAACGUCAAUAAAGUUGCCUCCAAUCUUCAUAUUACUGCAGAUGGUCACGGUUAUGCAAAUUUUGGUCAUACAAGUCAUGAGAUCAUGAAUUUUACUCAUCGUAUCGAUGAGUUUUCUUUCGGUCAACUAUAUCCUAACUUAGUGAACCCUUUAGACGACAGUGUAGAAAUUGCAGAAACAACUUUCGAAGUUUUUCAGUAUUCUAUUUCAGUUGUUCCUACCACGUACAUUGAUCGCAGAAACAAUAUUUUGCUCACAAAUCAGUAUUCCGUUACAGACUCUCACAAAAAAUUCUAUGAAGGACAAGCUGUGCCUGGCAUUUUUUUCAAAUACGAUAUCGAACCUAUCUCUGUUCAAAUCAGAGAAACUCAUCAACAAUCUCUGCUACAUUUCAUCGUUCGAUUGUGCGGUAUCAUUGGUGGUUCAGCUAUCACAGUAGGCGCGAUUUAUACAUUGGUCAAUUUUAUUUUAACAGGAGGUAGAGACGAUCCCCAACUGUAUUCAAAUACACACAAUAUGAUGAAAAAUAUAUAGAGGUAUCAUGUACAAAAGAACAGGAAUAAACAGAAUUGGACAGAAUUGGUCCUUUGUAGGAUUUCAAAAAAAAAAAAAAAAAAAA